AUGGGUGGCCAGUACAAGACGACAGUGACAAUCCUAAAUCACGAUCAGGAGGGUGGUAUUUUCAUAGAUUCUUACAAUUCUUUUGGUUUUAAAUUAUUGUCUGGCAUUCAAGUGGUAGGUCCCUGUGUCCUGUUUCCAAGGUCUCUUCUGCAUUGGAAUGUAGGCGGACUUCAGGACAUCAAUGAAGAUUCAUUACAUUUGUUCACAUUGUUAGAUCCAAAAAUAGACAUUUUAGUGCUUGGUGUUGGGAACCAUGAGAAUGUUAAAAAAGUUGAUUUCAAGAUCCUCCAGUACAUGAGAAGCAAGAAGAUCAAUGUAGAACUACUGCCCACUGACCAGGCACUCUCAGUUUUUAACUUUUUGAAUGCAGAGAAGCGUUAUGUGGCUGGAGCAUUCAUACCACAAACUGUCGAAGAUACUGAAGACUAUUUCUGA